AUGAAGCUAAACAAUGAGACGGUGUCUAUAGAGCUGAAGAAUGGCACGAUUGUACACGGGACCAUUCUCGGAGUGGACAUAAGCAUGAACACUCACCUUAAAACAGUGAAGCUUACAGUCAAGGGCAAGAACCCAGUAGCCCUGGACCAUUUGAGUGUACGGGGACACACAAUUCGGUAUUUCAUCCUGCCCGACAGCUUGAAUCUUGACACGCUAUUGGUGGAUGAUGCGCCCCGACGAAAGGCAAAGAAACAACCAGCAGGACCCAACCUGACGGAGUCUAUUCCGUUCCGUCAGCAGCUGAAUCCGUCCGGCCACCCUGACCGAAUCUCGUCAUGA